UAGCUCGCAACCUUCAUGAAGCGCGCUCCCGGUUAGGUCUCCCAUUACUUCCAGAGGGCCGACCUUCGGAUGCGCUCAUUGCGUCACGCGAUGUCGCGAGAGCUACCCUGGUCCAAUGCUCUCCACAGCCAUCGAAUGCAGUACAAUAUUCCGCCGCGCUUGAAGAUAGCGUCGCAAACGUGUUAUCCUGCAGAAUGGCGUCAAUCAACAAUGGCGCGUUGAUGAGACGAUCGGCCAUGGGCUUAAAUAUGUCCUGCGCCAUGCGAACCCACCUCCGCGACAUAUGCUACACAUUGUACAGUGCUAACCAGAGCGCACGAUGCCCGAAAAAGAUGCCAUAAAAAGCGUUGCUGUAAUCGGCACAGGUCCAUCGGGACUGUCCGCAGUGAAGGCGCUCGAAGAAGAGAAAGUCUUUGGCAUGAUUCGGGUGUUUGAGCGGCGAGAUCGCGUGGGCGGGACAUGGCUCUUCGAUAAUGAGCCUGACUCCUUCAGCUCUACGCUUACGACGCCUAAGAGGAACCCAAUUCCCGAUCGAUUCCCUUCAUUCCAGGAUGCCCUGUCAGAGGACACAACCUCGCGCACGGGGCUAUAUUCAUAUCUCGACAGCAAUGUGGGGGCGACAGUCAUGGAGUUCACACAUGCUUCCAUUCCCAAGAUAAACUCCGCUAUUAGUGUGCGAAGAUUUGGACAAGCAAAUCCGACCCGCCCUUGGAAGAUCGUGGCAGGAUACCUUGAGGAUAUCUUCUCAAGGUACUUGAACCUCGUAACUUUUAAUACGACUGUUGAGUCCGUGCGAAAGAAUGCCUCGACUGGGAAAUGGGACAUUGUCUUGCGUCAAACUAAGCAUGUCUUUAAAGGUCAAGAGAAGGACUACUGGUGGACUGAAUCCUUUGAUGCAGUCGUGGUAGCCACAGGCCACUACGCUGUUCCAUAUAUCCCACCGAUCCCUGGAAUCGAAGAUUGGUAUGUGGCUUGGCCAGAGAAACUCCAACACGCAAAACAAUACCGCAGUCAAGACGACUACGUGAAUAAGUCUGUCGUUGUGGUAGGUGGCUCCGUAUCCGCCAGCGACUUCGUCGUUGAUAACCGCCUCUCCGUCCGGCAACCACUCACCAUUUCCCUACGUAGACAAAACGCGAAUCCCGCACUAGACAACGUAUGGAAACUCCCUGGCGUCAUCGAGAAGCCCACGAUAUCCCGCUUCACACUUGAAAAUGGCGGCACGAUCGAGUUCAGCGACGGAUCAUGGGUAUUAGGAAAAGACGUAGAUAUCAUCUACUUUGCAACUGGGUACAGGCUCUCCUACCCCUUCUUGGAACCAAACCCAGUCACGCCGCAUAAUCGAUUGGCUGGCUUCUACCAGCACACUUUCUCGGUGGACGAUCCUACCCUCGCUGUCGUCGGACAAAUUCGCGCCGCAUUAUCUUUCCGCUCCUACGAGUAUCAGGCCGUUGCGGUCGCACGAGUCUUUGCGGGUAGAGGCAAUCUACCGUCCGUGCCUGAGCAAAAAGCAUGGGAGGAAGAGCGAGUAAAACGACUUGGUCCUACACACAUCUUUCACACCAUUGCCCCAGACUUUGGGGAGUACUUUGAGGCUCUAAGAUCUAUUGCUGGGCCGCCGGCCAAAGGGACGGAAGCUUAUGAACUGCCUGAGUGGCGGGACGAUUGGGCUGCGAAGGGCUUUAGAGUAUUGGAGUUGAAGGAUGAGUACGUGAAGAAAGUAGCAGCUCAGGAGAAGUACCUAGCCAAGCUUUGAGACGGGCUUGGGUUCUAUAACGCAUGUUAGCUCUCCUGCUAAGCCGAGUAGGUUUCGAUUUGUUGCAUAUUUCCAAUCAGAAAAAGAACAUUUUCAUACUACCGUUUUAUCACUUUCCGGG